AUGCUGCGCGUUUCCAGCAUCGACUCUUCCAAUAUGAUCCUCAUUUUCUCUAGUUCGUGGGAGACUAUUCCAUCAUCGUCUGAAUUAGCCACAAAUGGUAUGUUGACGGCAGCAUCCACAUAUGCAGUUUGUUGCGCAUCUAGUGGCGCCGCAUUGCCAGCCGUAGCAUUUCCAUUCGAUGAAGGAAUAGCCUCACGUCAUAGUCGCUCGAGUUCGGCGUCACCAAAUAUGUUGGAGCGCAGGAUGUACCUAACUCGGUCUGCCAGGUUUUGCUCAGUGACGGAUAGAGAUGGCUCCAGCUCUGCAAAAAAGCGAUGCAUCCGAGCCCGAUACGCCAAACAUCCAGUUUCUUCCCCUUUUGCCCUAAAAUACGCCCGCAGUGCGUUGGUCUAA